AUGGCUGAAGUCGCAUUCGCAAAAACGUUCCUCACCUCGCUGGACUCCCGUCCCAUCAAGCUCUCCCCAGACCACAUCGAGGACCCCAAAACAUUCCCUCCUCGGCCACCUUACAUCCUCCCCCGCAUGCCAACCGCCAUGUCCAAACCAUCAUCCCGCCUCCCCCCCGGCUCCGAGCGCAGCAUCGACAUCACCCUCAAAUCCCUCCGCAACCCGCCCCUCGACAUAACCCUCCCCGCCACACCCCUAAGCACCUCCAUCCUCGACGUCAAAGCCGCCGUAAGCGCACAGACGCGCAUCCCCGUCGAAAAGAUGAAGCUGCUGCUCAACAAGCGGCCCGUCGCCGACACAAAGGUCCUCAAGGAGCUGCUCGCCAAGGAGAGCGACAGGACGAUUGACUUUUCCCUCGAGUCGGAUGCCUUUUGGGCGGAUCUCAGCGGCUUCUUGCAGCAGAGACUCAAGGCUCAGGACAAGGCCGAGGAGCUGUCGAGCUUAUUCCGGUCUAGUUGGCAGGCAAGCAGGUCAAGU